AUGAGAGACUAUUCUGAAUGGAAGGCAGCGCUUAGGUUGCAAAUCGAAGCGUUGGCUAGAAGGAAUGAUUUGCAUCGUAGAUGCAAUCGAAACUCAGUAAAAACAAGAACUCAAGAAAUGGAUAACAAAAUACUGAAGCUACGUGAAAUGCUACAACAUGACGCGAACAAAUGUGCGCAAUAUUAUUUGGAAUGCGUUUGUCAUGCAGAUGAAACCGAAAGGAUUCUCAACAGAACUUCAUCGAGAAUGGUAAAGAAGAAACACAUUCCUAGAGGAUCAGUUAUCGAAAGUCCGUCAACAGCGAUUAUGACCCUUCCUGCCAGCGCUACGAACACAAUAACUCCUUCUGAGGCUGAUAACAAAAAAAGUGAUCGAGUUCCCCAUGACAAACGUUGGUGGGAACAGUUAUCCAUACAUCGUCGGGAAGAAUAUUACGCAGAGGGUAAACAUGAAGUUCGUCAAAUGUUUCGGACGCAGAAAGACUUCUUCAUGUCAUGUAUAGGUUUAAUAGUUGGGAUAGGAAAUGUAAUCAGGUUUCCUGCCUGUAUUUAUCAAUUCGAUGGAGGAAUAUUCCUUAUACCUUAUAUUACGUGCCAUCUAUUUAUCGGUUUUCCCUUGUUGUAUUUACAGUUAGCCAUAGGACAAUGGUCAGGUUUAAGUAUGCCGGCUGCAUUAGAAGCUUUAGCCCCGAUAGCUUCAGGCGUCGGAUGGGUCUUUAUCAUUAUGGGUAUUAUAUUCGCCAUAUACCUGAAUAUUUACGUUGCAUGGGGGCUUCAUUUUAUGCUGCAGUCAAUAAGGGCAGUGUUCUCUGGGGUAAUCCCUUGGGAAGUUUGCUCAACCGCAAUGGUACUAGGGAAAUCAUGUUGCGAUCUUGAUAAUCUUUCCAAUUGCUCAAGUACUAAUAGCAGCAUAAUAGCUAGUGAAGCUUACUUCCUCACGAACAUCAUUCCAGUACAAGAUCCUUUCGACUAUUCGAUUAGUCUUCAAGGAUAUGCUGUAAUUUGUUUCCUCAUCUCCUGGUUGUUGACAACAGUCGGUUCUCUGCGGUUCACUCAUUCAACCGGCUUAGGAGCUACUCUGGCUGUCGUAACUCCUUUCGUUUUUCUGUUCAUAUUGUUUUUGAGAGGAAUCGCUUUGCCUGGUGCUCAUACUGGGAUCUCAUUCCUCCUGAACAUUGACACAGAACUUUUGUUUGUUUCUGGGAUAUGGCGAGCUGCAGUACAACAAGUGUUCUAUGAGUUAACUCUUAACACGGCUCCCAUAGUUACGUUUUCGGCUUUGAGCAGGUUCAAAAAUAAUAUUUAUCGAGAUAGUGUGCUUCUAGUAUCGAUAAGCGUUCUCACAUCUAUUCUGAGCGCCUUAGUAGUUUUCUCGUACCUUGGAUACUUUUCAAGUAUUAUGAAGAUCCCGUUGCAAAGUGUAGUCGCUACCGAGCCUCAUUACCUAUCUUUCUACAUCUAUACAGCUAUAACAUCUACUUUAAAAGGAGGAGCCUUUUGGAGUUUUUGUACUUUCGCCGUGCUUGUUUUCAUAACUCUCGACGCACAAUAUGCCUUAAUGGAAAUGAUUGCCACUUCUGUGCUGACCAAGUUGUCAUCGUUAAACAGACGUCUACAGAAUAAGUUGAUAAUAGCCUGUUGUCUCAUUGGAUUUAUCUUGGGAUUACCAUUUUGCACGAAGGGAGGCAUGAUACUUUUCCAUACAAUGGAUAAUCUGAUCGCUUGUGCAGUUCCAUGUAUUCUCUCCAUAUCAUUGAUCCUCAUUGUCACUCAAAUUUAUGGUGUAAAAGAAAUAGUCGCUGAUAUUUCUUAUAUGAUAAGAAUACCAGUGCUUCCAAUGCGACGAUUUGCUGUACUCGAUACAUCCAGCAAACUUCAAGCCAUAUUUGGUCCUACUGGAUUGUUCAUAAAAUACUGUUGGAUCUUUAUGACUCCAUCGUUGCUUAUCAUUUUGUUGUUCUUGCAUAUUACUGAUUACAAGCUGAUCAAUCUCGCAGGUAAACCAGUUUCUUUUGCAUGCGAGUUCAUAGCAUGGGUAAUCCUAAGUUUCCCCAUCGUUUUACUACCUUUACUAAUAAUUCAAAAGGUUUCAACAACUCGUAGAGCUGGCAAGACUGUUGCAUCUCUUUUCGACUCAAACGUUUGGACUCAAAUGCAUAGACUCGAGCCAGUUCAACCGUCCUCAGGAGAAGGCCAAGAUGAGCAAGUACGAAGACGUCGUACAGCUAUGAGAGAAAAUACAUAUGUUUAUAUCGAUGCUCAGAGCCGAGGAAAUACAACCCGAGAAGUACCAGUUGACAGUGAAGAUACAUACGGAUGGAGAAUGGGUAGAUUACAAGACAUGCAGGAUACACAAGAAGGCUCUUCUGUUCCAAGAGAUCCUUCUAGUAUAUCCAGCGACUCUGACAGCCCAUCUCUACAUUCGCGUCAGUCAUCGCAGAUGGGGGAAAUCACAUUAUUUGGUUCACCUCCAGCAUCUAACGCUUUCAUGUUAGCAGAGAUUAUAUCCGAACGAAACAGGCGAGACAAAGUGGUAAAAUUGGAAAAAGAAGAAUCUAAAGAUUUCGAAACUAUAUCAAUGCCUUCUCAAGAAAACUUACAAACACUAGCAGUGCCAUUAGAACCUCCCGCAAAACUCUAUCGAAAGUCAUUUUCAUCUGAUCCUCCUUUGAUGCGUCCCUUCCCUAUCAAUGCGAGAACAUCACCAUGCAGGUCAGAGCCUCCAAAAGCAACUGAAAGAAGACUACCUGCUGUAAGAAGCCGGAGUGAGAGUCAUAAUCAUUUCAGUGAGGACAGUGAUAGUGAUUGUGACAGCAACGGCAUACGGAGAGAGAGAAGAACUGUCAUUCGUCGGUUGCCAUCAGAAGAUUUACAAUCUACUUCAAAUGCCGGUAUCGCAAGACAACGCUCACUAAGUUCUGUAGCCAUUUUUAAUAAUGAUGAUCCCCGACCGAAAAACAAACUGUCACAAUUGAAAAGACCAGCCCCUAUAAACGUGCCUCCAACACGGUUCUAA